AUGCGUGACUUCAACUAUAAAUCGGUCUCCGCAAACAAGGCUGCCGUCAGCAUAACGACAUCGUUGUACGACAGGAGAGCACUAGACUGCACAGAUGACAAGCCAUUGGUGAACUCACUGAACCACCUUACUUUUCUAACUUCGUCUUCUGCAAGGGUGCGCGAAACUCUCGCAAAUGACGGUGGCCUGGAACGACUAGUAGAUAUACUCUACGAAUGCAGGAACCCGGUCAAUGAAAAGGAGACAUCCGUUUUUGGAUGGAAAUGGAUACUGGCAUUUCAAUGCCUAGUCCUGAUAGGAACAAGAGGUUCCGAGAAGAUCAGAAAGAAGGUGGUGAAUGCUGGAAUGAUACCAAUCAUAGCCACCGUUCUGGACAACUAUCUUAUUGCGAACUCCCUGAAUGAAGUUUCCAAUGACACGACAUCAGAGGCGAUAAACCCGCCUAUGAUGCCUUUUUCGAGGGUAGCUGAGUUGAAUCCAACGAGGUUGACUGAAAGGUCACCGACAUUGGAGACGAACGAAGUCACUCAGCUUUUCAAUACCGUGAGAACGUUAUCAGAAGAGACAAAUUUAAGAGCAGAUGAGACCAUACUGAGCGCUGAAGCAACACUAAACCCUGUCGGGGAUGAUUCUCGUUCCGAUACGGUGAAUACCACUAAUCAGAUGAAGAAUCUAACCAACUCAUCACAGGCGAUACCAGACAUCAAUCACGCGAACCCAGCAGAUUACAACUCGGAGAUCUUGAGACAAAUCUUCCUGUUACAUUUCAUCAACAGGAUCAACAACUCUGAGGAUGUAAUCAAUAUCAACCAUGAACUGGCCAAAGUAUACACACCUAUGACUUACGACGUUUUGGCUGUGAACCAUUUGAUCAAUGAGCAGUCAAUCAACAACAUCAUCACGGAAAACGUGAACAACGGAGGUGACAGAUUGUCAUUUCUAACUGGUUUUGUGGACUCGGAACACUCUCAUUAUCCAAGGAAAUUUGAUAAGGGAAUUCUCAUUCCCAAGGAAGAUGAUGUCAUUUGGUCUCUGCAAGUAUUAGCUUUUAUUUCGAAGUAUCCCUCGUUGAAGCCAGAUUUAUCGAAAACAUACAUCAUCAGGGGAAUGUCUUUGAGAUCACAAAUGACUGCGUCGCCUCUCGCGCCCUUUGGACUGUCUCACUCCGUUCCAGGUUUGGACACGGAUGAUGGAAACGAUUUUGAUACAGAGUACAUGCUGGACAACACAUCAUCCGAUGAAGACAGCGACGUCGCUCUUUCUGACAGACUGGUUGCUAAGAACAACAGUACCAGCACCGGCAAUACACACGUGAAGAAGGGUUGUGUGGGCGGAUGUGAAUUGGUGAAGGGUUUCUACGACUACUUGUUUUGCGAAUAUGAGAAGACAUGUGCUAUUGAGGAUAGAUUGGCAAGAGCCACUGAGAUGGAAAGGCUAUCGAUCAAUGUUUGCAGUUCGUUGCAGAUCGAAAGAAACAAACUGAUUUUGAAGAAUGCAAUGCUCCAGGAGGAGAAGGAGUUGAAGUCGAAGAGAGAGUGGGAUUAUGAACAUUACGAACGCUUCGAGUUGAGCGAGGAUAGUGAAGAUAUUGACACUUCGAUCAUGUCUAUUGCAGAUGUGAAUAUCUUUCAGCUGGUGGAGAAGUUCACUGUGAGAGGUCGUUAUUCAAAGGACAUUUGUUACUGGGCUGGUGUUAUAGUCAAGAACUCCUGUCGCAAGGACGAAUCCAAGGGAGGUGUGAGACAAUGUGCUUACUUUGGGUGUGGAAAAUGGGAGCAGUCUGCAAGGCAGUUUGCCAAGUGUAAAAACUGCAAAAGGACGAAAUACUGUUCCAAGGAGUGUCAGAAGAAGGCGUGGGAAUAUCACAGGCAUUGGUGCUCUCAAUCCAGCAGCGGUAGUUCAGCAUCGUCAAGUGUAUCCCAACCUUCAACCGCCAACAACGACGAAUGGCAAGCUGCCCACCACCAUUUUCACAGAGACCACUCUCACAUGCAAGAACAUAAUCACAUAUCUCCACAGCAGCAGCAGCAGCAGCAGCAGCAGCAGCAACAGCAACAACAAACUAUGCUCCAAGAAACUAAUGCCAACGAUAAUGUCCUGUCACAAAGUCAAUCACAAUCCCAGCCUCUCACACAAGUUCAAACACCACAGCAGCAACAAUCGCAUCGAUUGACUUUGUUGAAUGCGCAAAGCCAGGAUGAAGAUAUGGACUAUUCAGACACUGCCACUCCUGGACCAGGAAGUGGAGGUGUUGAUGGCCUAAGUUAUUUGCCUGAAGCUCGUGAACCCGCCAUUCGCUAA